AUGGAAUUAAAAAUAAAGCUAUUGCUAACUUAAUUGAUGUUAUAAAAUUUAAUUAGUCUGAUUUAAGCAGGAAAUUAAGAGUCAAAAGAUGUAUUUACAAUAGCUCUUAAUUCAAUUGGACUUCUAUUAAAUUUAAUCAUUUUUUGUUUAGCAUACACAAAUAAAAAAGAAAAUUUUAUUAACAUUUUGACACAAAUAAACAUCAUUAUUGAAUUGGAGACAGUCUUUUAAAAUGUUGAAAACAUUACUAAUUACUUUUCUUUAAUUUACUUAAUUACUAUAGAGGAUACUUUAAAAAAGCAGCAUAAAUGUUAUAAUCUUUUAAAGCAUACAAUUUGCUUAUAUGUUUCUAUAAGAUUAGCUGCUUAAUUUUAUGAAAAAUUUGCUACCUCUGACUUAAUUUUAUUUGUUCUUUGGCAACCACUAAAUCAUCUUAUAAUUUAUAAAGACAACAAAUUCAAUAACCCUAGAAAACCAAGUCUUACUUAAAAAUCAUAAAGAUAAGUUAAUUUAAAUGGUCAUUUCAGCUAUGCAGAAUAAAUUUAAUAAAAUCUAAUAGAUGAGAAAACACCUCAUAUAGAAAGAAACAUUAAAGUUGCUCUUGAUGAAGAUUUACUGAACUGUCUUCCAUAUGGAUUAGUUUUAAUAGAUAUAAACUUUUAAGUAAUUAAGCAUAAUGAGAAAUUAAUGAAUUAUUUGAUGAUAAGUGAAACUGAUUAAAUCAUGAAUAAUUUAGAUCAAUUGCUAUCUAAGUAAGAGUUACUAAUAUCAUUAAGUGCUGAAUUGAAUUAGAUUAAAAUAAAUCCACAUACAAAACAUAAACCUCAUAUUGUUCCAUUAAGAAAAUUGAAAUAAAAUUCAGACAGACAUUAUUAGUGUAGUACUGGUAUCUAAUCUAAUAAAGCCAAUUGGCUGUCUGAUAGAUUAAAAAUUGAAAUUUAAAAUAAAGGCUCUUUUUAAUCUAGCAUACAUGAAGCUGUAAAUUACUCAUAUAUUUAAUUUGUUAUUAAUGAAUUUCUAACUAAAAGUCAUAGAUAGAUUAAUCUUUCAGAUAAUUUAUCUAUAGCAUCAGAUUAGACUCAUAUGUUUAAGUUUCAUGUAGUUAAAGAUCUUAAAGUAAAAAAGAAACAUUUUUAAAUUAAGGUUUAUGAAGUAAAAUUAUAAACAUAAACUAAAGAACCUGCUUUUUUAUUCAUCAUUGAAAAUAUUACUGAUAAAGAAGAAUUGAAAGAGUUGACUCAUCGAUUCAAAUUUCAAUAAGCUUUAUUAAAUUCAUUCAGUCAUGAAUUACGAACUCCUUUAAAUACAUCAUUACCAUUAUUAUAAAUAUUAAGUAAAAAAAUUGAUGAAAAUUUAAAUGACAAUUAUUUAUAAUUAGCAAUAAUUUCUUGUCGUAGAUUACUUUUUUAAAUAAAUGACAUAUUAGAUUAUGCAUAAAUAGAAUGUGAAGAUUUUAAAUUGAAUAUGAAUAAUUUUUAUGCUAGUGAAAUUUUUGAAGAUUUAAAAGGAUUAUUUUAGUAAGAAUGUUUAUAGAAAUAGAUAGAAUUAAUAUUAAAUUUUAAUGAUUAAAUAAUAAUACAUAGUGAUAAAUUAAGAAUAACUUAAAUUUUAGUGAAUUUAAUAAAUAAUUCAAUAAAAUUUACAAAAUAAGGUGGUAGAAUAGUUUUAUCUUUGAAAAAGAGAGAGUCAUAAUGUUUAUUUUCAGUAUGGGAUAAUGGAGAAGGAAUAUCUAGUGAGUAGAUGUUAUCAUUAUAAAACUAAUUGAUAUAAUAACCAAAAGGUUAAAAUAAAAUGGGUUUAGGUUUGAGAGUUUCUUAAGGAAUAGUAAAAUUUUUAGGUGGAGAUGGAGAAUUAUAAAUAAAGAGUGAGAGAGGAUUUUAUACAAUAGUGAGUUUUUCAGUAGAGGAAUUUAUAAGUACAAUAGUAAAGGAAGAUGAUUCAUCAAUACGAGAUAUCGAAGAAUUGGGUUUAGAUUCUAAGAAUUCAGUAUAAAAAGUAUAUGUAUCAAGUAGAAAUUUUUUAAAUCAUUGUGAAUGCAACCAAAUUUUAAUAGUUGAUGAUGUACCUUUUAAUCAUAUUACUUUAAUGGCAUUACUUUAAACUUAUAAUUAUAAAACAGAUAGUGCAUAUGAUGGAGAUUAAGCAAUUAAAAAAGUUAAAUAGAGAUUGUAAAAUGUUUGUUGUAAAAGUUAUAAAUUAAUAUUUAUGGAUAUAGAAAUGCCUGGUAAAAAUGGAUUUAUUACUAGUAGUGAAGUAUUAAAUUAUAAAUUAAUUAGAGAUCUCUAAAAUCAUGUAAAAUGAAAGAUAACAAUCUAUUAUUGUUAUGUGUUCAGCAUAUAAUGGUUAAGAAAAUGCAGAGUUAGCUCAUUAAAGUGGAAUGA